AAAAAACGCACACCUCUAACCUAACUUCCUCUACAUGUAGCGGAAACAUGGAGGUGAAUGUGUCAACUGAAUCUAUUGAGAGUGUACUACAGUCUGAAGACAAAUUUAAGAAAAACAAUGAAAUCUUGUUUUACAGGCGACAGAGAGAUAAAGCAGUGUCUCAAUACUUCACUUCCUUUGAAACUUUCGUCCUCACAGAUGGAAGGGCCAGUCUGGAGCUCUGUGACUCUCAGGGCCAGCUGUCUCUUCAAAUACGGGCAACCCAAAAUGGUACAGUCCGAGUGUCCAUUGAUGAGCUACAGCCAAUUAAACCACGCUACCAGGUUUCAGACGUUCUGGUUGGAGAGCUGAGAUAUGAGCCGCUGAGAGUUGAUUGGAAGAAAGAGGACUGUGUAUGUCUGACGUGGGGUCCAGGGCAGUACCAGCUGCUGGUUUUCUUUUCCCCUUUCAAACUGGAGAUUUCCUGUGGUGGAGAGGAGAUUGUUACUCUUAACCCAGGAAAUAAACUCUAUUUUGAAACUCUGCAAGAUCCAGCUAGCAGGUCAUCUUCAAAUUCAUCUCAGGGAGAUGAUAAUAGCUGUGGGCUGUGGAAAGAAACAUUCAGACAGUUUGAGGACAUCAAGACAAAUGGUCCUAGUUCUGUGGGUCUGGACUUAAGUCUGCAUGGGUUCAACCAUACGUAUGGUCUUCCUGAACAUGCUGAUACCCUGCUGUUGAAGGAUACAAGUGUCUCUGAAGCGUAUCGGCUGUACAACUUGGAUGUGUUUGGCUAUGACAUAAAUAGCAGAUUGGGCCUUUAUGGUUCUGUCCCUCUUCUGCUCGCUCACAAGCCAGAAAGGACAGCUGGGGUGUUUUGGUUGAACGCAUCUGAGACUCUGGUUGAUGUCAAGUACAACACAAAGCCAAAUGAGGAUGAGGAUGAACCACCAGGGAAGAAAAGCAGAAUCUCACAUCGGACUGAUGUGAGAUGGAUGUCAGAGAGCGGCACCAUCGACUGCUUCAUUUUGCUGGGACCCACAGCUGCCCAGGUGUUCUCUCAGUAUGCUCAGCUCACAGGCUACCAGGCUCUUCCUCCGCUCUUCUCCUUGGGUUAUCACCAGUGCCGCUGGAACUAUGAGGACGAGGCCGAUGUAAAAGCAGUGGAUGCUGGAUUUGACCUCCACGGUAUCCCAUAUGAUGUCAUAUGGCUGGACAUCGAGCACACAGAUGGGAAGCGCUAUUUCACCUGGGACUCCAAGUGUUUCCCUAAUCCUGCAGAACUACAGCAUCACCUCAUGAAGAAAAACAGGAAGUUGGUUGUUAUUAGUGACCCGCACAUAAAGAUGGAUCCCGAUUGGUCAAUUUACUGUGAAGCUAAAAAAGGAGGCCAUUUUGUGAAGAACAGAGAAGGGUUUGAUUUUGAAGGAACGUGUUGGCCGGGUGAAUCCUGUUAUUUGGACUUCAGUAGCUCAAAGACAAGAUUAUGGUAUGCCAGACAGUUCUCUCUAAGCAAAUAUGAAGGUUCAACAGAAUCUUUGUUUGUGUGGAACGAUAUGAACGAGCCUUCGGUCUUCAACGGGCCUGAACAGACCAUGCCAAAAGAUGCGCUUCACCAUGGAGGAUGGGAACAUAGAGAACUGCACAAUUUAUAUGGCUUCUAUCAGCACAUGGCUACAUUUGAGGGCUUAUUGACCCGCUCGGGUGGCACAGAGAGGCCGUUUAUCCUUACACGCUCCUUCUUUGCUGGGUCUCAGAGAUUAGGCGCCAUCUGGACUGGGGACAAUGUUGCUACCUGGGAGUACUUGAAGAUUUCAGUCCCCAUGUUGCUGUCUCUGAGUCUGACAGGAAUACAGUUUUGUGGAGCUGAUGUAGGGGGCUUCGUGCAGGAUCCAGACCCUGAGCUUCUGGUCCGCUGGUAUCAAGCAGGAGCUCUUCAGCCAUUUUUCAGGGCACACUCUGCCAAAAUGACCAAGCGUCGUGAGCCGUGGCUGUUUGGAGAGGAAGUGACCUCUGCGAUCCGCUCGACUGUUCGGGACAGAUACUGUCUUCUGCCAUACUGGUACACACUGUUUCACCAGGCACACACAGAGGCCCUGCCACCAAUCAGACCCCUUUGGGUGGAAUUUCCCAAGGAUACCAGCACAUUUGCUGUGGAGAACCAGUACAUGAUUGGCAGUGCUCUCCUUGUGUGUCCUGUGACAGAUCCAGGGGUCACAGAGGUCAAGGUUUUGCUCCCAGGUUCUGAUGAGCUGUGGUACGACACAAAUACAGCAGAAGUACACAAGGGUGCCAGAAGUCUGGAUGUGCCAGUGACUCUGACCACUGUGCCUGUUUUCCAGCGCGGGGGAACAGUGGUGCCCAGGAGAACAGCUUGUGGCUCUUGUACAGCAGAUCUACAGCAUUAUACAAUCACUCUCACUGUGGCUUUGGACACUAAGGGCAAUGCUGAUGGAUUUCUUUAUGUGGACGACGGCCACUCUUUUAAUUACAGAGACCAGAUGCAGUUCUGUCUGCGGCGCUUUAGCAUGCAGGCAGGCAGGCUUGUCAACAGCUGUGCUAAUGAUAAAGGCUUCUUUGUCUCUAAUGACAAAGUGGAAACGGUGGUCAUUCUUGGUCUGAAUAGUGUGAAAAGGAAACCAAAGCUCAAAUCAGGUGCAAAGAGGACAUCUGUCAUGUUUGAGUUUGACAAAACACGAGGCGUAUUAACUUUAAAUGGCUUGGAACUUGAAAUAUGCAAAGACUGGGAAAUAAUAAUAUAGUAAAGGUUUUUUUUUGGAGUUUGUUCAACAUUUUUUGGGGAGCUGUUUAAGCCUCACGCCAGUUUAUCAUUGCAAUAAUAUGUUAUAGUUGUUCAUUGUGAUUAAAUCAGCGGUUUAAUAUUUAAGAUUACCUCCAAAAUGAUUUUCUACCUCAAGAUAUCUUAAUAAUAAUGUGAUGACAUUUUAGUUGUUGGGUUCUUUUAUAUUUAAUUUGACAUAAAACUGUGGAUUUGACAACAUUGGAGGAAAAAUUGGUUUUGAAAAUAGAAAACAAUUGCCGUUAAACAUUUUGAUUCCUAAAUAAAGGUUUGUCAAUGAGCAAA